AUGUCACACUCCAAACUCUUUUUCAACAACCCUCAAUACGCAGAUUUCCCCGGGCAAAAUCACCAAAAUUUUGCACUGUACCAAAGCCCACAGAGUCCGAAAACUCCUAAUAACUCCAAAACGCAAGCUUUUGCGGGACCAGUAUCUUGCAAUACUACUCAUACCAUCACGUCGACUUUCGACAACUCUAAUCCUGUAGAUGUUCAAUGGAAUUGUCAAAAUGACCUUAGAGAAUCAUGCUCGCAAAUUCCAAGAACUUUAUAUUGGGAUUCCAGUGCGGGGAUAACUGAUAUCGACCUAUAUGAAGAAUUCACUAGGAAUGAAAAUGAAGGUGUCGUCUUGGAUUCUAACUUUCCUCUCUACCCAUCACCUCUAAACCUAGAAAUGGAUGAGCUCAACGUACACAUGCCAUUUUCAAGCUUUCCUAGUACCAAAUCAACACCUGCGAUGAAUUUACUUCAAGAGUUUAGUGAAUCAACCCCGAACUCAUAUAUUUGCACCAACAUAAAAUCAUCGUGCAUGAGGAACUCAUCAUCCGAUUUCAAUGAUCUGUUAGAUUUUGCCCAUCUCCCGCAAUCAAAUCUUGAUUACCCGUCAAUAGGUGAUGAUUGGAUCACUCUGGCUGCUUCGAUUCAUGAGACCACUGAAGCGGUCUCAGACGCAAACUUAUCUCCUUCAUUACUCAUGGCGGGGUUGAAAGUUUCACACUCACCGAGAUCUAGUCCAUGCCAUUCAGGCGUCAAACUUUCGUCUACACCUAUACCACGAAAGCGUGCCAAACUUCAUGAGUCUAUUUCUAUCGAGGACCCCAAUGACGCUGUUGCUAUUAAAAGGGCUCGAAAUACCCUCGCCGCCCGCAAAUCUCGGCAGCGUAAGAUGCAGCGGCUUUGGGAACUUGAGGAAGAGAUCUGCAGACUUAAGAGCGAGCGAGAUCAUUGGAAAGAAAUAGCUUUAAAGCGAUCUACGUAA